AUGUUUUCCUUUAUUCCCCUUUCUCGCCAAAGUCUUCAUUAUUUCAGUUUUCUUUCCUUUCAUCUCCUUUCCUUAUUUUCUGUCUAUCUCUUAUCCAGCAUCAAGUUCCCUCCUCUUUAUUCCAACGCAUAUCUACCCAAAUUGAUUUUCCGCUUUUGUUCAGACUCUUUUUUCUCUCACUUACUUUUCCUUACACCGUUUUCCACUUUUUCAUUCUGUCAUCUUCUCUUCGUUUCAUUCACUUCAUAUUUUUACAUCACCUCCCUUCCCACAUUACUCUGCUUUCCUUUCUUUUACUUAUCUCCCCUUCUUUUGCUUUGUUUCGUUUCCGUUCUUUUAAUUAUCUCCCCUUCUUUUUUGUUUACAUCUAUUUCAUCUCCAUUUUCUCCCGAUGUUUCUCUCUUUCUCGAUAUUCUUGUCAUAUCUAUCUAUCUAUCUAUCUAUCUAUCUAUCUAUCUAUCUAUCUAUCAAAUUGUUUAG